AGCAUGAACGCCAUUACUAACUGCCCACAUACUUUUCUUUAAUAACGAUUCUGCCACUACCAACCACCGCCGGAACGGGCAAUCUGCCCCCUAGCAUCAACUCAAGUAAGAGUACCGUACUGGAUCAAGCGACUCCCGCGUCGUCUCGUUCUCUCCGCCGUCAAUCUCUCCUCCCCAAAAUCUCCGAUCCCCACUCUACCACUCCCCCUCAGCUCCGGCGGCCGCCCUAAUGACGAAAUCGCCUCCGCAUUACGGCACCCAAUCCUCUCCCUUCUCGAGAGAAUCUCGAUCAAUCUUAUAGAUUCUGCAAUCAAUGGGGUUCCGAAAAAAGUUGUCGCCUUUUGCAUCUUCUUCUGGGCUUAACAGUGAAUUUGAGGAGGAAGAAGGAGGAGGCGGGCAUGGGGUGUAGAGCCAAUUGACGGUUCCAGGGGAAGGGGGGGACCACUCAGUCUGCCGCCAUGGAAAUUCAUCACCUUGGGCGUCUCUGCUUAUUGGUAACCGCGUUAUUUUCUCUUGACCUCUACACUAAGUUCUCACAGAUUUGCCUCACCUUCAAUGCGGCCAAGUACUGUUCCUAUUUCUUCAAGUUCCUGCUCGGCAAGAGUCCCGAAACCGGGUCUCUUUACCACGCCGAGUUCGUCACCGGCAUUGCCCUAUUCUUCGCGUUCUCUGUUGGGUUCAAGAUCCUGAACUUCAGCUUCAGGCCCUGGAGUCAUUUGAGACGUCGGGCUUGUCUGAAUUCUGACGUUUGUGAUCUGAUGGAGAGACCCAGUUCAGCAUUCGAGAAUGGUUCGGUCAAGGGCUCGGAGUAUUCAGACAGCGAGGGAUCUUAUCCUGAAGAUCGCGUGUUCGAUGAAAUGUCCUUGAGAGAAUUUUCUCUGAGCAAUGAUAUCCGUGACCCGAUGGAGCUGUUUGGUAGACCCGAUUCACCGGUUGAAAACGGUCAUUUGGUAUCGAAUGGCAACCGGGCUCGGUCAAUCGGAGGCUCUGGAGAUUCAGAAACUGAAGAACUUUUCCUUGAAGAUCAACUAUCUGACGAGACAUUGAGAGAGUUAGUCAGGUCUGAGCGGCGGAGGGCAGAGGCAGCUUUGAUGGAGCUUGAGAAGGAAAGAUCAUCAGCCACCACUGCGGCAGAGGAGGCCAUGUCGAUGAUACUGCGGCUGCAGAGGGAGAAGAGCUCCAUUGAGAUCGAGGCCAAGCAAUACCGCCGAUUAGCAGAGGAGAAGCAGAGGCAUGACCAGGGAUUGAUCGGGUUCUUGAGGAGUGUAAUAAUGGAGCAGGAAAGAGAUCUGGAUGGCUUGGAGGGAGAAUUGAGACUCUGCAGGAGGAGAUUGAGUUCCUGUAAUUGUGGCGAUUGCAGCGAUGGCACUGAUGAUCUCGAAAAAGGGGCUGAAGAAGGUGAUGCGAGGAGGCACGAAAACGGAGAUUUUGCCAUGGAAGACAGCUUUGAUGAGGAAUUUGAAGAUGGACUGAUCAGCUCUCUUGAGUUUGAUUCGUGGGCUCUGUAAGUAUACACUGAUACAUGUAAUGGUACAUAUGUUAGGCAGUAUCUUUCCAAUCGAUCAAGAAGUGAUUAGAUACUGUGGGUUCCAAUGAUGGUUUGUAGUUUUCGUGUUUAUCCAGUUCUGGAAAUUGCGACAAAGGGGUCGAAGAGCAAUGAUGUGAAUACGUAAUCAAAUAACUGCCAUUUUUACUGGCUUUUGAUAUUUUGCAGUUGAUUGUUUUGAUUAUUGUC